AUGUUGGUGCUGUCUAACGACACAGCCCUGAAUUCAUUCCUCUCCAAGCUGCUUCAAGACUACCUGGAGCAGUCGAACAGCUCUGCACCUUCCCAGGUCAGAAGUGCUGGCAGCAACCUGGAAAUCAUCUACGUGCUGCUGAUGGUCGGCCUCUUUGGAUUCUUCACAGUGGGAGUCAUGCUGACCAACAUCCGUGCCAGGAAGCUGGAGGACUCCCGUGACCCCUACAACACCUACAUUGCCACAGACAUUUGGCACAAGAAGGACAGGGAGUAUUUUCAAGCCAAGCUCAUAGAAAACUACAAGCUGUGCUGUGUCUUUGAAAACCAGCUGGCCGUGGAGCAGCCAAGCACACAGAUUCCUGAGGUGAAGUCUUCCUAG